CGUAUUGUUGACACUGUGUGCGCGUGAGACGGUGUUGUGUGUGUGUGUGUUUUGUGUUAUUUGGUUAAACCGCGGCGAUGUUUGUCCGAAUUUUGUGUCUUUUCGGUGUUUUUAGCUUCGUGUCACUGCAGUAUGUCCCUCCGUACACAGAGGACUGUCGGACAGGGAUGUAUCCACCCAGCGGCCCGACCUUUGGAGGUGCAGUCACAUGGUACACCAUCAACCUCAACCUGCCCCCGAGCAAAAGAUGGACAGAACUAAUCACGGAUAAGAAGAACGACCUCAUCAUCAUGGUCCAGGCCAUCAAAGAUCUGGCAGAUGCCUUGGUGCCCAGUGGACGUCUGGAGGAGCUGAUAGACCAGGCCUUGCCCUUGAUGAUCGACACGCUCCCGUAUCCAUUUAACGAAGAGAUGAAAGGAAUCGCAACAGCAUCCGGAGUUCCACUGGGCGAGGUCGUUCUGUUCAACAUUUUCUACGAGGUUUUCACCGUGUGCACCUCACUGGUGGCUGAAGAUCCUGAAGGAAACCUCAUUCAUGCUCGGAAUCUGGACUUCGGGCUUUUUCUAGGCUGGGACAAGAAGAACCAUUCCUGGGUGAUUCCUGAGAAGCUGAAACCUCUCGUGGUGAACUUGGAUUUCAGGAGGAACAACAGCACCGUCUUCAAAUCCACAAACUUUGCCGGUUACGUGGGGAUGUUGACCGGCAUCCAGCCUAACUCGUUCACCCUCACGAUGAACGAGAGAUUCAGCCUGGAUGGAGGCUACAUCGGAAUUCUGGAGUGGAUCCUGGGGAAAAGAGACGGCAUGUGGAUGAGCUUCCUGACUCGCUCGGUCUUAGAAAACGCCACCAGCUACACACAAGCUCAGAAGCUGCUGUCUGACACGAAGCUGUUGGCUCCUGCUUACUUCAUUCUGGGAGGCAACCGGAGUGGAGAGGCGUCUAUCAUCACUCGCUCGAGAACACACAACCUCAACCCUCUGGAGCUAGAUGUUAAACAAGGCCGUUGGUACGUGUUAGAGACGAAUUACGACCACUGGAAGAUGCCGCUGUUCCUCGAUGAUCGCAGAACUCCGGCGAUGAAGUGCAUGAAUCAGACGACGCAGGCGAACAUCUCCGUACAGACGGUCUACGACGUCCUGUCCACUAAACCUGUCUUAAACAAAUUAACUACAUACACUACACUCAUGCAGGUGUCUAAGGGGAAGUUGGAGUCAUUUAUCCGAGUCUGUCCGAACCCCUGCAUGCCGUGGUAAAAGCUCACACACGUCUCUCCGGAACAUUCCUUCACAUGCUUUGUUACACCUCGACCCCCAAACACAUGCUGAUUGAGCAGGUGAUUGUGUGUGUGUGUGUGUGUGUGUGUGUGUGUGUGUGUGUGUGUGUGUGCGUGCAUGCAUGCUGCUAUUGACUACUGAACACAAUUAAAUAUUAUUUACACACACACAUAUUAUUCUGACACUUCAGUGUAAAUAAUCUGACCGUCAGCUGAUUUGAACUGAUUCUUUGUUAUUCCUGAUUAUUAAACACUAAUGUUACUAUGGUAAUCUUCUGGGGGCGGAGCUAACCGUACGCUCCUGAGAGCCUUAUCAAUAAAAAUUUCAAUGAUUUAUUAAAUGAGUUUUAGUCGCACUGUUAAAGAUGAAAUUGUCUGUAAACAACUGAACUCUGUUUUUAAGUGUUAACAGAAAAUGGAUGAAAUGUCACUGAUGAAAAUAAAUAUAAACACUUUA